GGUAUGGAAAGGAAGCUGUGCAGUGCAGUGUGUAAAAUACGCACACAGGCAUAGUGUGUUGGUGAGGGAGACAACGCAUACCCGUGUGUGUCACCGGUGUUCGACAGUAACAACGGAUUUAGCAGCUGAAGAGAAUCCCGUCCGCCUGUGUGUGAGAGUGGGUGUGUGCAUGCAUGCACGCCAACCCGAAUGGCCUGCCUGGGCAGCCAAUUUCCUCACUGCCCUCCUCCUCUGAUAAUCUCUGCUGACACUGCACAAAGGACUAAACGCUGGCCGCAUCCUCCAGAAAGACCCUCUUCACUCUGCUUAUCUGUCUCGUUCCGAUUACCCACUACCAGGCUUGGCUACAGGGAGGAUGCUGCUGCCGUAACGCUGUAUGCCUGCUGCUACAUCACCUCUUGUUACUGGGCUGCUACCUCCUUCCUUCACCUUCUCCUCUGCUGGUCCAUUCUGCUGGUCCAGUCCCCCUCCACCACAGCACAGCGCUCUAGACCCAGGAUCCUCCCCCCUCUCAAUCUCUCACUGGAGUCACCCCUGAUCUGGUCCCGGAGCCCCUGGUGCUACCUGUGGUGCCCUCCCUGCCCUCUGUGCGGGUCCGUCCUGCCCUUCACAGGCCCCGGAGGCGCAACAACAGCAGCAGCAGAAGGGACCCCACCAGGCCGCGGCCCUCGGGCCCGGCUGGCCCGAGAGGCAGCAUGGAGGUGGGCAUGCGCGUGGUGCGCGGUCUGGACUGGAAGUGGGGGAACCAGGAUGACAGUGAGGGUCACUUGGGCACAGUGGUGGAGAUCGGGCGGCAAGGCAGCACCACCACGCCCGAUAAGACGGUGGUGGUACAGUGGGACAGCGGCACGCGCACCAACUACCGCACAGGAUACCAAGGCUCCCAUGACCUGCUGCUCUACGACAAUGCCCAGAUCGGUGUGCGCCACUCCAACAUCAUCUGUGACAGCUGCAAGAAGCAUGGCAUCAUGGGGAUGCGCUGGAAGUGCAAGGUGUGCUUUGACUACGACUUGUGCACGCAGUGCUACAUGAACAACAAACACGACCUGUGCCACGCAUUUGAGCGCUAUGAGACAGCCCAUUCCCAACCAGUGUGCUUGGCCCCGAGGCAGAAUCUCCCACGGAUCACCCUCAAAGGAAUCUUUCAAGGGGUGAAAGUGGUACGCGGACCUGACUGGGACUGGGGAAACCAAGACGGAGGAGAGGGUAAGGUUGGAAAGGUGGUGGACAUCCGUGGCUGGGACACAGAGUCUGGUCGCAGUGUGGCCAGUGUCACCUGGUCCAAUGGCACCACCAACGUCUACCGAUUGGGUCACAAGGGCAAGGUAGACCUCAAAUACGUGUCAGACAUCCAGGGAGGCUUCUACUACAAAGACCACCUACCAAAGCUUGGUGAGCACGCAAAACUGCAGAGGCAAGAGAGUGCAGAAGGCCACACCUUCAACCAGGGGGACAAGGUGAAGUGUCUCCUGGAAGUAGACAUCCUCAGACAGAUGCAAGAGGGCCACGGAGGAUGGAACCCCAAAAUGGCAGAGUACAUCUGCAAAAUCGGGACGGUACACAGAAUCACUGACCGGGGAGAUGUCAGAGUCCAGUACAGCAACAACAUCCGCUGGACUUUCCACCCAGGUGCCCUGACCAAGGUCAACACGUUUGGUGUGGGCGAGCUGGUGCGAGUACUGGAAGACAUAGACUGUGUAAAGAGGCUUCAGGCUGGCCACGGAGAAUGGACAGACAGCAUGACACCAGCCCUGGGGCAGAUGGGCAAGGUGCUGAAGGUGUACGCAGAUGGGGACCUGCGAGUGGCCUUCGGCGGCCAGACGUGGACCUUUAACCCGGCGUGCCUCUCAGCCCAAACCAUGGAGGUGGAUGCCAAUCUCAUGACUGCUGAAAACCCCAAUGAAUCCGGAAACACAGUCAUUUCAGUCCUGGAAAAGCUGCUGUCUCAGUCUACAGAGCAGGACAACCCCAGCCGGCUGGUCAUCGAGGCGGCGCAUGGCAGUGCCAGCAAAGUUAGAGAGCUCGUGCAGAAAUACCCUGACAAGGUGGAUAUAAAGAACCAGGGCAAGACGGCGCUGCAGGUGGCAGCCCACCAGGGCCACAUGGAGGUGGUCCUGGCUCUGCUGCAGGCCAACAGCUCCAUCAAGGUGAAGGAUGAGGACGGAGACACCGCCCUGCACUACACAGCCUUUGGGAACCAGGCGGAGAUUGCGCGGCUGCUGCUGAGCAAAGGGGCCAAUGUGAACUUACUGAACAACUCCAUGUGCACGGCACUGCACAUAGCCGUCAACAAGGGCUUUACCGACGUGGUGCGCGUGCUGUCAGAACACUUGGCCGACAUCAACGUACAGGACUCGUAUGGAGACACACCACUGCACGACGCCAUCGCCAAAGACUUCCGGAACAUCAUUGAGAUCCUGGCGGUGGUGCCCAACAUCGACUUCACCCAGCAGAACAACCGCGGCUUCAACCUGCUGCACCACGCAGCCCUCAAAGGCAACAAGCUGGCCACGGAGAAGAUCUUGGCUCGGGCGCGUCAGCUGGUGGACGUCAAGAAGGAGGACGGCUUCUCGGCUCUGCACCUGGCCGCCCUCAACAACCACCGAGACGUGGCCGAGAUCCUUGUAAAAGAAGGCCGCUGCGACAUCAACAUCCGCAACAACCGCAACCAGACGCCGUUGCAGCUGGCGGUGACGCAGGGCCACGGGGACUUGGUGCAGCUGCUGGUGGCCGAGGGCGCCGAUGUCAACGUGGAGGACGAGGACGGGGACACGGCCAUGCAUGUGGCCCUCAGCCGCCCGCAGCUGGCCAAUGCCAAGCUCACCCCGGCCACCUCCAGCACCACAACCACCACACAGGAGAGAGGAGAGGGGGGCCCGGGCUCAUCAUCGUCCUCGCUCUACUGUCAGCUGAGCAGCUCGGGGUUGAUGGGUAACACAGAUCUGAGCGUGGGCGCGGCCAUCGCCUGUUUCCUGGCACAGGAGGGCGCCGAUAUCAACUAUGCGAACCACAAGGGCAAGAGCCCCCUGGACUUGGUGGCGGAUACAGCCGUGCUGCAGCUCAUCAAGAGCUUCUCCGAGAAGUACCGGUUGCAGCGGCUGCAGGCCAUCACGUGUGGCACGUCACUGAGCAGCACCAGCCUACGGCGGGUCCACACAACGCCCAACACCAUGACCAACCUGGCCAUGCCCGCCCUGCCAGGGCCCAGCGAGUGCCUCAUCUGCUCCGAGCUGGCCCUGCUCGUCCUCUUCUGCCCCUGCCAGCACAUUGUUGCCUGUGAAGAGUGUGCUCAUCGCAUGAAGAAAUGCAUCAAGUGCCAGGUCACGAUCACAAAGAAAAUUAGACAAGACCAGACAGAGGUGGACUGCAGCCCGGGCUCGGAGAACUCCGAGCAGCACAACCUGCUGGAGCAGCUGCAGUCACGCUACCGCCAGAUGGAGGAGCGCAUCACCUGCCCCAUCUGCAUCGACAACCAUAUCAAGCUGGUUUUCCAGUGCGGCCACGCCUCCUGCAUCGACUGCAGUGCCGCCCUCAAGACCUGCCCCAUCUGCAGGCAGACCAUCCGGGAGCGCAUCCAGCUCUUUGUCUGAACCAGGCCCUCCUCCUUUCUUCCUCUCUUCCCCUCCCCCUGUGGCCCAGUCAGUCUGCUCCUCAGUCCUUUGGGAUUAGCCACUCGAUCGUCCAUCCUGGCUCAGCUGCUGUGCUUUGUUGUGUUCCAUUGCGUGACGUUGCACCCAGGGUUCCCAGCAGUGUCAAUGAGCUGGAUGUGGUCGUACUGAUUUUUUUUGUUUUGUUGUUGCCUGUUUCUUCAUUUCUUCAAAUCCAGUCAUGGCCCCUGAAAUGCUCGGCAAUGCUUUGUCCGUGGCUCCCAGUGUGUAGCAGCCACAGCGGGUUGCGUCAGGAGGAGGCAGUAGUGCUGCAAGCUCCAUUCCCAUUGGUCCACAAGGAGGACAUCCCUACGAACCAGGGAGUCCCUCUGAAUAGUCCAUCACCUGUGCUGCUCUAAGAGGAUGUCUGUUACUCCCUGUUAGAUUGCAUCCCACCCUGUUCCCCCUGUUUGCCUGUCUUGCCUCCCCUGUUUACAAGGCUGCAGAGAACUGGCUGAUGUCUCCCUCCCUGUCUUGAAUCCGGUGUAUUAUGUUUGCUCUCCUUCGUAUGAAGCUCUUUGUUAUCAGUGUUAGUCUCCUGAGGGUGAUGGUAUAACUAAAGGCUCCUCUGUAUAGCCCCUCACGCUUGCCGUACGUACACAAGGGGAAAAUACACACUUUAUAUAUGCAUGAGUAUAUGCAUAUUCUAAGCUGAAGACUGUGUUGUGGGUUUGGUUAGAUGUGUGGUUUUAAGAGUACCAGUAAUUAGUACUGAGUUAUUUAUGUCUAAAGGUGUUUCUAUUUAGCUAAAGUCAUAUUAUUUUUGGUGUUUGCUCAGUAAAAAAAGGAUUUCUGCUGAAAUUUCACCCAAGCCUAUGUCCUUCUCUACUCAGGGUCCUGAUUCAUUGAAACACUUCUAGUAUCAAAGGUUACGGAAUGUUUUUUUUGUCAACCCUUUUUACGUUGGAGCCAUCUGACAAUUUGGUGUGUCUUCAUUAAGGGACUUGUAGUUGAGAUCUGGUAACACAACAGCUAGAGCUUUUAUAGCAGAAUAGACCUGUGGAUAAGUUCACUUCGGUCCAACAUACCUUUCCUGCUUUAGGUAUGAAAUUGUUUAAAUUACACCAUUGUAGAGAGGGGUUUGCGUGCUGCUUCAAAGGAAAGACUUUGUCAGAUGACAAAGUGCAACUAAUUUUCAUUAUACCAUCACCCAGAUACCCAUCGGCUUUGUUCUUUAUAGAUAUGUAUCGAAAGCAUAAUCGAAGCCUGUGUCUGUUCAUCUGAACCUGAGCGUCUGUUAUACUCCUCAGUGUGUAGUGUUGUACUACACAGCCCACAGACCUGCUUGCUAGCAUCAUCACACUCAGCCUCAGACAGGGCUCAGCCCAUUUGGUGGUGCAGAGAGGUUUGUCAUUAUGUUUAGGUCAACUUUGGACUCUUUUUGGACAGAAUGACUUGACUUCUGGAGGCCUUUGUGUCCUCUAAAUAGAGGAAGAACAUUGAUACUGUACACGAUGAUGAAUCAAUCCUCCAAUACAGAACAGGAACGAUAUAUUGAUCAAGCGAGGUGUGUGAACUACCAAAGCUGAGCCAGAAAAUAAUGAGCAUGUAUUUGCUUUUUCUUUAUUUCGUCACUAUGUGGAAUUUUGGCAGCCUUUGGACUGUUUUCUUGUCAUGUAUCUUUUUUCUCUCAAACAGAUGUCUGUCUCACAUCAUAGUCAUCCUACUUGGAAGAAACCCUCCCCAAUCUGUGUUUGGCAAAGCAUUUUGGAUUGUACUUUAUCGUUAAUCAUCCUUUGUAAUGUUUGGUUUGUUUCCGAAGGGCUUAUGCAUUAAAAGAAAUUGAUAUAUUUUAA